AUGGAGGUUUUAUACAGCAACUCCUCCCUGCUCGUCGUUGCUCACAGACCCCCCAACCACACCGUUGCCGAGUGGACCGUGUAUGAGCAAUGCAAAGACAUGCCCGCUGCUAUCAUUUGGUACCUGGGCCUGCAGUUCAUCAACAUGUUCCUGGGCAUCCCAGCCAACAUCAUGGUGCUGUGGCUCAUCCACAGGAACAAGGGGGACUCCACCACCUCAGAUAUCUUCAUCUCCCAUCUAGCCAUUUUAGACGUUUUCUUCUGUCUCACCCCUCCGCUUGAGCUGGCCAACAUAGUCUUCCUCACCACCAGCAGCACCUGGUACGUACUGCGCUUCUUUUACGGCAUCAAAGACUCCUCGCCUCUCCUCCUCUCCUGCAUCUGCCUGGACCGCUACAUGGCCGUGGUCCACCCCAUCAUCUUCACCGACCUCAAGGACCGCAAUCACAGAGCAGUCCUGACCAUCGUCGUCUGGCUGAUCACUCUGGCGUACGCCGCCGCCAAAUGCGUGGGCAACAUUGCCAACUUCGGCAGGGUCUUCACGGCGAUGAUCCUGGCGGCGUUCGCCUUCAUGCUGUUCUGCAACAUUUCGAUCCUCUGUGCGCUGAGGAAGUCUGGACCCGGCAGAGACGAGAUGCAUCCUGUGAAGAAGAGAGCCUUCAAGAUGGUCAUCAUCAUCCUGGGUAUCAUAGUGUUCAACUACUUCCCGCCCGUCGCACUGUUCCCCUUCCAGCAGUACUUCUCUCCCGAAGUGUUUCAAUGCUACAUCCACUAUGUCACGUUCGGCUUGAUGGACUUCAGCAGCAGCAUUCAGCCGAUGCUCUAUCUGUCCAAGGAGAAGCUCAACUGCUGCCAGAGAAGCACGACACAACUCAACUAG